UUAUAUUUAAAUAAUACAUUUUGCGAUUUAUGAUUUUUAGUUAAAUAUUAUUUUAAGCUUGAAAAAUGGCAAAAAAGAGUUUGAUAAAUUCUAUUGAUGGCAUGGUGAAUGAAUCUUUAAUUGGUUAUACUUUAGCAUAUCCACAACUCGAAUUACAUUCACCAAGAGUUGUUUUAAAAGCUGGAUGGAAUGAAUUGGAUAACAAAGUAGCGAUUGUAAGUGGAGGGGGUAGUGGCCAUGAGCCAUUUUCAGCAGGUUUUGUUGGCGCUGGUAUGUUGUCGGCAUCAAUUUCUGGUUCGGUAUUUGCUUCACCACCUUCGGGUCACGUGCUUCAUGCAAUUAAGUGUGCCUCGGCAAACAAUAAUAAUGCUGGAUGUCUCGUAAUUAUCGCUAAUUAUACGGGAGAUUGCUUAAAUUUUGGAUUAGCUAUUGAAAAGGCACUGGGGCAAGGCUUGAAAGUUGUGCAAGUUACAGUUGGCGAUGAUUGUAGUAUUCCCGAUAAUGAAUUGGGCAAAGUAGGAAAAAGAGCUUUGCCCGGUAUUAUAUUGGUGAUAAAAAUUGCGGGAGCUAUGGCGCAAAACGGUUACUCUAUCGACGAAGUAGCGAAGAAUGCUCAAUUAAUAGCUAAUAAUACAGCAUCGUGUUCAAUUGGUUUAACGGCAUGCAAAAUUCCUGGCGAGGGUCCUAUGUUUGAGCUUCCAGACGAUGAAAUUGAAUUUGGCCAGGGCAUACAUGGUGAAGCGGGAUAUAAAAGAAUAAAAUUACAGCCCGUUUCUAAAAUUGUAUCACUUAUGAUUAAUGUAAUCAUUAAAUCCCUUAAGAUUGUCAAAAGAGACUCGGUAGUUAUAUUAAUAAACAAUUUUGGUGGGCUGAGUCAAUUGGAACAAGGAAUUGUUGUAAAAGAGGUCGUUACGCAACUUCAGAAAAUGGAAAUAAUUCCUGUUCGAGUUUAUUCCGGACUCCUAAUGACAUCUUUAGACAGUGCAGGCGUGCAUCUAUCUAUUCUGAAGCUUCCGGAAAAUGAUAUAAAGUCAAUUUUAUAUUUUCUUGACGAAAAAACAGAAGCUCCUGGAUGGCCAGGUUGUUCUUAUAGUAUUGCACUCUCGAAUCAUCAAGAUAUAAUGAUCGUGCAGGAAAAAAUGAGUCAAAUGAAGGUUGGACCAUCAUUAAAUAAUUACCAGGAGCAACUAUUAAGGGCCUGUUUGCAAAAAAGUUGUAAAGCAAUUAUUGAGAAAGAACGGAGUAUUAAUGAGUUAGAUAGCGGUUGCGGUGACGGGGAUUGCGGUACAACACUUAAAAAUCUUGGCGAAGGAGUGCUAGCGGCAAUUGAUAAAUUAAUCGUAUCUCACCCAUCCUCGUUAAUGUCCGAGUUAGCGAAUAUUGCUGAAGAACGAAUGGGAGGUACAUCGGGUGCUCUAUACAGUUUGAUGUUCACAGCCGCCGGGUCUGCUUUGUCUAAUAGUGAUAAUACGGAAAGUUGGCUUGAAAUUUGGGCUCGAGCUUGGCGUGCAGGAAUUAAUGGCAUUAUGAAAUAUAGUAAAGCUGUACCAGGAGAUAAAACAAUGAUUGACGUUUUAUAUCCUUCGUUAAAUGAGCUGGAAAAGGACUUAACGCUUCCUUAUAAAAAAGCGGCAGUGCAAGUGGCCAAAGUGGCUACCAAAUCGGCCGAGGAAACGAAAAAUAUGAUUCCCAAGAUUGGGCGAGCGAGUUACGUAAAACAAGGAGAAUAUUUAAAAAAUAUCGACGCAGGAGCCUUCGCUGUCUCCAUUUGGAUAAAUUCUAUAACAGAGUGCUUAUAAAAUCUUUAAGAUGUCUAA